UUAUAAGCUUGGAGUGAGGAGAAGAAGAUCACAGAUGAGCACCACCAUGAAAAUCAUGUCUUUUGCUAUGCUACUUAUUGUCACGUUUUCUAUUUAUGUUGAAGGAUCCGACAAUUCGUUGUGCUGCAACACACAUGCGAACUUUGGAGCGUGCAAAACACAGCAAGAAAGAAAGAGAUGCAACACUUGGUGUCUUAAAGGAUGUAAGAACAAGAAAGGCGGUUUUUGUAAACGUCUUCCUCGUGGAGGAGCACGAUGUCAUUGUUACUGCUAAAAACAUAUGAUUAUGCUUUUGCGUUUGCAUAG